UCUCGUCUAGACAAGUUCUUACAAUCUUACUACACUCUUCGAGACUCUGAAAAUCUCACUUUCCAGAAGUUUCAGAUAAGAAGUUCAGGAGGAGAAGAAAUCCCUGAAGAGAUGGGAUCUCAAAGUUUUCUCAAGGUGGUGGCGAAGAACUUUGAUGUUCUUGCUGGGCCUUUGGUUACUCUGGCUUAUCCUCUAUAUGCCUCAAUUAGGGCAAUUGAGACCAAGUCUCGUCUAGACGAUCAGCAAUGGCUCACAUAUUGGGUUCUGUAUUCCAUGAUCACCCUCUUCGAGCUUACCCUUGCUAAAGUUAUCGAGUGGCUCCCUUUUUGGUCUUAUGCAAAACUGAUUGUUACCUGCUGGUUGGUUUUACCUUACUUCAAUGGGGCUGCUUAUGUUUAUGAGCAUUUUGUUAGACCAUUCUUUGUGAAUCCACAAGCAGUUAAUAUUUUGUACGUCCCACGGAAGAAGGAUGUCUUCAGUAAGCCGGAUGACAUUCUAACCGCUGCGGAGAAAUACAUUGAAGAGAAUGGACCAGAAGCAUUUGAGAAGCUCAUUAGUAGGGCUGAUAAAGGUGUGUCAUCCAGGAGGAGUAAUCACAUGAUCUUCGAUGAUGAUUAUAGAUACUGAGCAUUUUGAUUGUCUAUAUUUUCUCACAGCCAGUUUCCAGCUCAAGCAACUCCUUAUAUUAACUUUACCUAUGUGGAUAUGUAAUCUUGCUUUUUUGUGGUUUUCCUUUUACUGGAGGGAGUGCCUUUUGCUUG